AUGGACCGUGAUAGCCUCGUGGCGGCCGUGGCCCGGCAGGGCGCGACGGUGCGCGAACUCAAGAAGAACGGCGGCGCCGCUGCCGACAUCACGACGGCCGUCGUUGCGCUCAACGAGCUCAAGGCGCAGCGUCAGCGCGAUGGCCGAGCCGGCCGGCCCGCGCUCGAGGAUUUGCUCUUGCGCAAGAUGUUUGUCGUGCCGUCGUUUGAGAUUUACGGUGGCGUCGGUGGCUUCUACGACUUUGGCCCGCCCGGCGCGGCGCUCAAGGGCAACCUCCUCGCCGCGUGGCGCCGCCACUUCCUCAUGGAAGACGACGUGCUCGAGAUCGAGUGCACCAACAUCAUGCCCGAAGUGGUCCUCAAGACGUCGGGCCACGUCGACCGGUUCACGGACCUCAUGGCCAAGUGCACCAAGUCGGGCGAGUGCUACCGCGCCGACAAGCUCGUGGAAGAUUUCAUCGAGAACCUCCUCGCCAAGAACGCGUCGUCGCUGAGCUCGGCCGAGCAGGAGAAGCACCGCCUCGUGGCCACCAAGGCCGAGUCGCUCUCGCCCGAAGAGAUGCACGCGGUCAUCCAGGAGUAUGGCAUCCUCUCGCCCGGCCACGGCGCGCCGCUCUCGUUCCCGAUGCCAUUCAACCUCAUGUUCAAGUGCCACAUUGGCCCCGAAGGCACGCACGUCGGCUACCUCCGCCCGGAAACCGCGCAAGGUAUCUUCCUCAACUUUCGCCGGCUCCUCGAGUACAACGCCGGCAAGAUCCCGUUUGGCUGCGCGCAGAUUGGCAACGCGUUCCGCAACGAGAUUGCGCCACGUAAUGGCCUCGUCCGCGUCCGUGAGUUCCAACAGGCCGAGAUCGAGUGGUUCGUGCACCCGGACGACAAGUCGCACGCCAAGUUUGGUCUCGUCGCGGACCAGAUGCUGACCCUCUUCCCUAAGGAGCUCCAGCUCACGACGGGCAAGACGGUCCAGAUGACGGUCCGUGACGCGGUCGCUCAGAAGAUCAUUGCCAACGAGUCGCUCGCGUACUACCUCGCGCGCACGUCGACCUUCGUCAAGUCGAUUGGCAUUGACAUGGACCGCGUCCGCUUCCGCCAGCAUUUGGACACGGAGAUGGCCCAUUACGCGUGCGACUGCUGGGACCUCGAGAUCCAGCUCAGCUCGGGCUGGGUCGAGUGCGCCGGCCACGCCGACCGCUCGUGCUACGACCUCCAGGUCCACGCCGCCAAGUCCAAGGUCGAGAUGGUCGGUACGCUCAAGUACGACGCGCCGCGCGCCAAGGACAUUGUCGACAUCAAGGUCAACAAGGGCAAGGUCGGCAAGGCGUUCAAGGCCGACAUGGCGCACAUCAACAAGGGUCUUGCGGCGCUCGCGGCCGACGAUGCGGCGGCCAUGGCCGUGAUUGAGCCGUCGUUUGGCGUCGGCCGCCUCCUCACGGCCGUCUUUGAACACACGUUUUAUGCACGCGAAGGCGACGAGAAGCGCGGUGUGAUGGCCUUUCCCGCGGCGAUCGCGCCCAUCAAGGUCGCAGUCCUCCCGCUCAGCACAGCGAAAGAGUUUACGCCGGUCAUGCUCUCGCUCGAACGCGACUUGCGUGCGCGUGGCAUCGCGUGCAAGAGCGACGCGUCCAGCGUUGCGAUUGGCCGCAAGUACGCGCGCGUCGACGAGCUCGGCGUGCCGUUUGGCGUCACGAUCGACUUUGAGACGGCGGGCGACCAGUGCGUCACGGUGCGUGAGCGCGACUCGUGCGCGCAGCUCCGCGUGCCGCUCGCCAAGGUCGUGGCCGUGCUGGACGACCUCGUCGCGGGGCGUGCGGCGUGGACCGACUUGACCAAGGUGUUUACGGUCGUCGAAGCUAAGAAGGACGAGUAA